UUAGAUGCCAAUAAAAUGUUCACUUUAAUUGCAGCUAAAACUGCAAAAUGGACAGCAAGGGUCGCCAUAUUGUAGUCUGUGAUAAUGGCACUGGAUCCGUAAAGUGCGGUCUGGCCGGCACCAAUUAUCCCGCCCACAUCUUUCCCUCGAUGGUGGGGCGUCCCAUAAUCCGGGCAAUGAACACGGCAAUCGAUGUGGCUGGCCUGCAGCUGGACGAUGUGAUGGUCGGCGAUGAGGCACUGCAGCUGCGAUCAUUGCUGGAGGUGUCCCAUCCCAUGGAGAACGGUGUGAUCCGCCACUGGGAGGACAUGUGCCAUGUGUGGGACUACACAUUCGGGCCAAAGAAGUUGGCCAUUGAGCCGACAAUCGCGAAGAUACUGCUGUCCGAGUCGCCCAUGCUGCCGGACCGGGAUCGGGAGAUGAUGCUCGAGGUGAUGUUCGAGCGGUACGGCUUUGAGGCGACGUACAUGGCCGCACAGGCGGUGCUCACGCUGUACGCCCAGGGUCUGAUGACGGGCGUGGUGAUCGAUGCCGGGGAUGGCAUGGCGCACAUUUGCUCCGUCUACGAGGAGGCUGCCCUGCCACAUUUGACCAAGCGCCUGGACGUUUCCGGCCGCAAUGUCACGCAGCAUCUGAUCAAGCUGCUGCUGCAACGGGGCUACGUGUUCAACGGCUCUCCGGACUUUGAGACUGUGCGCCUUAUGAAGGAGAAACUGUGCUACAUUGGCUGCGACAUCGAGCAGGAGCAGCGGCUGGCCGUGGAGACGACAGUGCUGGUGGAGUCCUACCAGCUGCCCGAUGGUCGUGUGAUCCAGGUGGGCGGCGAGCGCUUCCAGGCGCCCGAAGCUUACUUCCAGCCCCAUUUGAUCAAUAUCGAGGGUCCCGGCCUGGCUGAAAUGGCCUUCAAUGUGAUCCAAGCAGCGGACAUCGACAUACGGCCCAUGCUGUUCCGGCACAUAGUGCUGGCGGGGGGAUCCACCAUGCUGCCGGGCUUCCCCAGUCGACUGGAGAGCGAUCUGCGGCAGCUGUUUCUGGAGCGAGUGCUGCAAAGCGAUGUGGCGAGUAUGCCCAAAUUUAAGAUACGAAUUCUGGACACAACAACACGCAAGUACAUGGUCUUCACGGGCGGCUCUAUUCUGGCCGAUGUGACCAAGGAUCGGGAUGACUUUUGGCUGUCCAAAGGGCAGUACGAGGAGCAGGGUGUCAAAGUGUUGGAUAAACUGAAAAAGAGUGCUGCAAAGAAGGAGAAGUGUAAGACGGAUUGAUAGAGCAGAAAGUGCCAUCAUUUAUC